AUGUGGUACUCCUCCAAAUCCGUCCCAUCGUCUGGUAACAAUAUCUUAAGUAAACAGCGCGUUAAACGUCGUUUCGCCGCCAUGUUGCGUGCUUGCUUGCUCGUCUGUUCGCUCGUGUCCGGAACCGAGCUCUCAUUUCAAUAUCAGCCCUAUCGUCGAAGCAAUGAGCCUUGUAAGAUAUGCUAUGGGGAAGACUGCCUGCAGAUGAACCAGGCAAGGUGCGAGUACUACGUGGAAACAGAUGAGAUACUGCAUGAAGAAAAGAUCGAGGAAGUUGAUAAUCAUGAGAUGAGGGAGGAAGUAGAUCGAUUGAUGUACCGGUUUAUGGAGAAAGCAUCUGAUGCCAACACUGAAUGUAUACCACUAGUAUCUCAAUAUACGGAUUGCACUAAAGAAAACAUAUGUGUCGGUUGCAAGACUUGCAGCUGUGACCUUAGCGGCAGCUGGAACUGCACCACGGUGAGCCGGUGCCGAGCUGACGUCGUCACCGACAUCGACCAUCGCAUGCUAGUCUUCAUCAUUGAGAAUCUUAUGAACGCUCAAACUAACAAGAGGACAAAACGGAACACAGAGGAAAAUCUAAACAAACUGACCACGAAUAAAAUAAGUUUUGCACAAAUUUCACAAUGGAUGUUUGGAGUACCACCUUUAAACUCAAAAGAAACAACACAAAACAGUGCUAUCUCAUCGGCUACUGAAAAUAUAAAUAAUAUUACUUCAUUUACAGGUAAGACAAUUAUUAUAAUAUUUUUUUUUAUAAAUUCAAG